UCUAUAUUUUUUGGUUGGACUUCGUACUCGACAAAAUUUUAGAUUUUAUUUUUAUAAAUCUUUUAUUUUAGAUAUCUUUUUGAGUAGUUAUAUACAUAAAUAUAAGCUAAAAUGUCUCGUGUUUUGGUUGGAGUGAAGAGGGUUAUCGAUUAUGCCGUCAAGGUCCGUGUCAAGCCAGACAAGAGUGGCGUGGUGACCGAGGGAGUGAAGCACUCCAUGAACCCUUUUGAUGAGAUUGCCGUAGAGGAAGCCGUCAGAAUGAAGGAGAAGAAACUGGCCAGCGAGGUGAUUGCUGUGUCGUGUGGACCCGCCCAGGCUCAGGAAACCCUAAGGACAGCCCUGGCUAUGGGAGCUGACCGAGCCAUCCAUGUGGAGGUGGCUGCGGCAGAGUAUGAGACCCUGCAGCCCAUCCAUGUCUCCAAGAUCCUUGCAAAGUUGGCCCAAGAUGAAAAGGCUGACAUUGUCAUUGUAGGCAAACAGGCCAUUGAUGAUGACUCCAACCAAACUGCACAAAUGACUGCUGCCGUGCUGGACUGGGCACAGGGCACUUUCGCUUCAAAGAUCGAGAAGUCGGACGCGGGUCUGACGGUGACGCGCGAGAUCGACGGCGGGCUGGAGACGGUGAAGACCAAGGUGCCCGUCGUCAUCAGCGCCGACCUGCGCCUCAACGAGCCCAGAUACGCUACACUGCCUAAUAUUAUGAAAGCCAAGAAGAAGCCGCUAAAGAAGGUGAAGCCCUCAGACCUCGGAGUGGACAUCGCUCCUCGCAUCAAGAUCGUGUCCGUGGAGGACCCCCCGGUGAGACAGGCGGGCGCCGUGGUGCCCGACGUCGACGCACUCAUCGGGAAACUCAAGGAGGGCGGCCAUGUUUAAACCUCCUUCCGUAAGGCAUCGUUCUAAUAGAACGCGAAUCGCGACGUAAGCGAUGCGACUUGCAACCAUCGUCGGUUUGCAUAACACAAACAUUUAAGACACCAUUUAGGUCACCUUUUUGGCAUCGCAUUAAAGCGUAGUUCUAUUAGGACGACGCCUGAAACCUAACCUAUAACGCACCAAUUAAUGUAAAAAUAUAGAAUCGUUGUAUAGAGAGUAUGUUUAUUAUUGCUAAUAUAAGCUGUUUGAGAUUUUU